AUGGCCGUUGCAAGCCCUACAGCCGACGACACGGUCGACUGCGACUUUCUUAUCGUCGGCGCAGGCUCGAGCGGAUGCGUGCUUGCUUCCAGGCUCGUGCGGGCAGGCCUCAAGGUCCUGCUCGUCGAGAAGGGCCCGGCUGACGCCUCGACCCUCGCCAAGGUGGUCGGCCGGCCCUCGGGCUGGGUGCACCAGGCCUCGAGCGGGGAGGGUCUCUCGGAGGCCUUUAAUACCGUGCCCCAGGCCGGCCUCGGCUACCGCGAACUUCCCGCGUACAACGGCGUCGGGGGCGGAGGCUCUAGCAACGUCAACGCUGGUUUGUACCAACGAGGAAGGGAGGAGGACUACGAAAAGCACUGGCCCUGGGAGCUCAAGGACAUCGAGGCGAGCUUCAAGUCCAUCGAGGCCGAGCUCACCCUGGAGGAGCUUCCGACGACCGGCACGGUCGCCCCGUCGUGCGCCCGCAUGCUCGAAGAGGUAGGGUUCAAAAGCCCCCCCCGGCCGUCGUCCUCACGCAGCGAGGACGGCUACACCGAGCCGACCUGGACCAGGCUAGGCCUCGGCGGUUGCCCGAUGAAGCGCACCACGACCAGGGGCGGGGAGAGGCAGACGGCCUGGUCGGCCUUCGUCCGCCCCGUGACGACGAUGCCCAACCUCAAGAUCAAGGACGACGCCGCGGUGUCCCGCGUCAUCAUCGAGGGCGGCCGCGCGGUAGGAGUAGAGGUUGUGGAGUCCGCGCCGGGGUGGUGGUGGUUGGGGGGGCGGCGGCGGCGGACGCGGGUGCGGCAGCUGCGGCUGGCGAAGGACCGCGCGGAGAUCGUCGUUUGCUGUGGGGCGUUCAGGUCUCCGAAGCUCCUCAUGCUCUCCGGCGUGGGGCCUAGGAGGCACCUGGAGGAGAAGGGGGUGCCGGUCGUGGUCGAUAUGCCCCAUGUUGGCGAAAACCUCCAGGACCACCUGAUUCUCGCCACUUCGAACAUCAGCAAGACGCGAAUGACAGAGGCCGACUACACGGAAGACUCCUUCCACAGCGCGACCUACUUCUCCUGUGCGCUGCCCCAGGAGGCAGCAGCACCCGCCGGACCACCUUCUGCCGCCACCGCCGCCGCCACCACCGCCGCUGGUUCUUCCUCCUCACGGACGGAGGCCCCCUCCCCGGGCGCUGCCGUUGUAGGCGUGCUCCACGGGGACGGGUCCUUCCUCGUGCGAAACCUCAGCGGCCUGAUCACCAUGCUCUUCGUGCGGCCGGGGCUGUUCGGCGCCGUGGGGCGCGGCGUGGUGCUGGCGGUGAUCUGGGUGGCGACCUGGCUCACCCCGCUGACGCGAAUCCUCCGAGGCACUCGCUGCAACGUGAUGCUCGUCACCUCCGUCAAGAGCAAGGGAACGGUGCGCCUGGCGUCCGGGACGGACGCCGCGGCGCCGCCUGUGAUCGACCCGGGGUACUUCUCGCACCCGCAGGACCGACGGGCCAUGUUAGAGUGCUGGCGCACGAUCCGCCGGGCCAAGAGGGAGACGACCACCGGCAGGGCUGUUUUUGGCUUCGAGCUCCUGCCCGGGAAAAAGUUCAACGACUGCGACGACGACGAGAGCUUCUUGAAGUUCGCCAGAGAGUUCUGCCUGCCCUACUUCCACCCGGUGGGCACCUGCCGGAUGGGACGAGAGGUGCAAGACUCGGUGGUCUCCGCCGACGACCUGAGAGUCCAUGGGAUUUCUGGUUUGAGGGUAGCCGACGCCUCGGUGGCGCCGCACAUCCCGGCAACUCCGACGCAGGCGAUGUGCAUGAUGAUCGGAGAUCGGGCUGCCGCGAUCGCCCUCAGAGACAGGUUCGCCAAGGAACAGGUCAAGGCGCGAAUGAUCGAGACCGCGAGUAGCUCCAUCAACUAG